ACUUAACUUUAUAUUUUUACAAUUUUAUUUGUUAUCACGGUCUUAUCAAGCCUUAUAAUUCAUUCAUCAAUUUGAAGUUCUGGAUUUCAUGCUUCAAAUAUUUAUUAAUUAACUUCAUUUCUACAAUGUCUAAACAGAAUAUGGAAGUGGAAUUUUUGAAGUCUUAUCCUCAUCACAACAUGUUAAGUUACUGUGAAAAUAGGCCAAAAUAUAGACAAGGACGAAAACUUACAGCAAUUAAGGUUUACACGGUGAACGAUGAAUCUCAACAUUUGUUGAUCAGAGGAGUGCCAUCUGUCAAUUUACAUGAUGAAGUAGAAAAAUUAUGCAAGCGUUAUGGUAAUGUAUUAAGUAUUCGACAAGUGCAAUUUGAAGACCAAGAAGAAUUUACUCAUAGUUUUCAUGUGAUAUUUAUCCGGAUACAAUCUGCCAGAUUUGCAAAAAAACAAAUGGAUACAAAAAAUUUCUUUGGUGGUAUUUUACAUGUUUGCUAUGCACCUGAACUUGAAUCCAUUGAGCAAACUAGAUCAAAAUUACAGAUGAGAAUAAUGGAAGUUAAAAAACAUAUUCAUAAAAUUGGCUUAGAUCAUACCUAUAAGAAUGAAUCAUCUUCUGCAUUAUUACAACAUGACCUUUCUACCUCAUCUCACAAUUUACAAAGUUGUAGUUCUAAUUCUCAAAAACAUAAUCGUUGGCUUGAAGGAGGUCUUAAGUGUUCAUAUAUUAUACCAAAGACUGAUCCUUUAAACACUAAAAAAGAAACUACAAUAAAUAAAUCUAAUAUCAAAGAUUUGACUCCAUUAGAUUCGAGUAUGCUGAGAUUUGUUCCUAGACAAUUAAAUAUAGCCCCUCCAGAAUCCAAAAUAAAGAAGCCUAAUCGUAUUAUAUUCCAUUAAUAUAUCGGUGAUGGAUAAAUUUACAAUGUAUAUUAUGUAUAGAUUUUAUUAAUUUAUUAAUUUAUU